AGCGACGGAGACAGGAGAAAAUCGUGCUAGAAUCGUGGACGGCAAUUUCGUAAAAUUACCACCAAAAAAAUCUGUGAUCAUAUAGCGUUCAUUCUUCCAUUGGCGUUAGCUAUUUUCUUCUCUGCCUCGGUGCCUAUUUUGCUGUGUUCCUAUUGUGUAGUGUUAAGUUGACGACGUGCGCGUGAGUGUGUACAUAUAUGUGCGUAAGUUUGUAUCUGGUGUUGCUGCGAUAGUUGAACAACAGCGUUUCAGUGUCUAGUUUCCAAACCUGUGCGAAUAUUAGCAACGGUCGUAGAUUCGGACAGCACCCCAUAACAUCGAAAGGAGGAAAUUCCAUCACGAAAUCCAACCUUCGCAUCUGAAGGAAAUCUGGAUUUAAUCGAAUUCCAUCCGUCCGUUCGAAGAUUUGACAGUCGUCUAUGGAAUUGCAAAAACCCGGAAUACUGCGGUGCAUUCCGGCAAGCUGUUCUCAUUUUUUUGUAGGUUCUUUCGAAGGAUUCGGGCAAUAUUGCCAUUCCAUCAUUCGGAAGGAGCACCAUUGCCGGUCGAUAUUUUCCGUUUUCUUUACGUCCAGUCUUGUGCAAGACACGUGUUGAAUGAUGCCGCUCACGACGGUAGAAAAAUUAGUGUGAUCAAAUCUGACGCCAUGGACGAAUGGAAGAAAUCCUCCUGAAACCACAGCCCCUCACUCGUGCUCCUUAUCUUUUUUGCUUGCUGUGCGACGGUGUAAAGCGAAGAAGCAAUGCCAGUGCCAUAUUGCUAUGGGGUCGACACCGUUACUGCAGGACAGCUGUAGUGGAGGAGAAUCGUAAUACAAAUACAUUCGUACCUACGCCCUUAGAUGGCUCUCAAUAUUGCUGUUCCGAUGUCGGGAGUAGGCGAUCUCUUGGAAGGAUUCGGAUUGUUGUCGCCGAUUUCCCCCGUGAGCAUUGACUUUCGCAGCAGCAUGAAGAACCCGCUAUCACCCGUUGGCAGCGAAUCCAGCGGCGUCAGCUCUUUGGAUUUGGAAGACAUCAAGAAACAAAUGCCAACCUUGCUGGACGAGAAUGAAGAAGACGGAACAUCUGGUGCGGGAAAUACGCCUUCAAACUCAGCAUCGCUGUCCGCUGCAACGACCAUGUCGACAACAUCUUCUAGAACUUGUUCCACUUCUUCCUCCUCCUCGUCUUCGGCUUCAGAUGACUAUGCCAACCAGUUGGACGAAAAUGAACCAACAUUAUCGGAAAAAUCAGUCGAAAAUAGUGCCCCAGUAUCCACUUCACCUUCAGCAGAAUUACUUGGAUCCAGUGAAAAGGAAUCGAACGACCCUGCGACUACCACCAUGGACGAUGCAUUAUUGCUUGAGCUGCUGAACUUGACGAAAGAACCCAGCGAACUGCCGUUAUUUUCGCCCAAGACUACGAAGGAACCUAUCUUCACCUUGCCGCGUCAAUCGGUUAUUUGCAACAAUCGCGACAUUCUUGACCUGGGCAGCAAUAUUCGCCCGCAAGGUAGUGGUGGUACCGGUGAAUUCGCAUUCCAGUUUGCCGAACUGCCGGUAACAAACAAUAUUCAAUUCUUUCUUCAAAACCGGUCCCAGUACCAUCGUCUUGGGCCAUAUGGUAAUGUACAAGAAUUUCGCAUGGAAACGUGCCCGUGUUGUGAUUUCCAAUAUCCGGUGAAUGCUGUUGGGGCAAAUUCAUCAGCUGCUCCCAUUAAUCAGACUUGUGGUACCGCAAGCUUGUCUAACCUGAACGCAAAUCAAAUUUAUGGCAAUCUGCAACAACAGCAACAGCAGCAGCAACAAUUGCGACUCCAGCAACAACAGCUGCAAAUGCAGUAUGCCUAUCGGUUCAACAACAACAACGGCAACUCUGUGCCGGCACGUGACUACAACAUGUACCCACAAACAUCUAACGGAAUUGGAGGAAAUGGCAAUACUGCAGGAGGGCUUCAGUCCUCACGGUUUAACAACGUUGCUUAUGGAUCAGGGAAUGUUGCCGGCGGAUCUUUGCCCAAUGCACAGAAUGGAAUCGCUGGAUCGGGAUCAAACAGUGGUUUCUUCAACAAUAAUCUAUUGGGACGCGAUCAGUUCAAUCAUAUGGGACCGAUGGGAAUGCAGUAUAAUAACACCGGUGCCAAUCAUAAAGGAAUGUCGCAAUCGAACGGUACAUCGUCACAAUCAUCUGGACUUCGUCCACAGCAGCAAUACGAUAUGGUGCAGCAACAAAAACAAUGUGUUAACAAUUAUUUGUUGGCAGCUUCUAAUUCUGUUGCCAUGCCGGCUUCUACUAAUGCUGCUGUACGUCUGCAGCAACAACAGUCACAGCAGGCUUCUCAUUACUAUAAGAAAAGCUCAUCGAUGCGUUAUGGUGUAGCGGGACCUGCUGGAGUCAACAACAUGCCGUCUGGUUCUAACUGGAAAAAUUCAAUGGCAUCUAACACCGCGAUUCAGGACACCGCGACCAAGCUGAUGAUGGAAUUGAACAAAAUACAGCAACAAUCCCCAUACUACGUACCUUUCCAGUAAGGAAUAUUUAGGCUACAGGCGCACACGCCAUCAAAAGACAGUGAAUCAUGUUAAGGUAUCCUAAAGAGAAUAACAAACAAACAAUGAAAUAAGCCUCAGCAAUAUGGACCAACAACGACAUACACACACAAACCAGAAUUGGAAACAACCAACCAGAGAAGAUCAGUACGAUAGCAGCAGCAGCAAUAACAUCAUCUCGCCAUCGUUACCAAAGUUGCCAAAGCAAAAAAGCGAUUUUUUACUAACUUUCUUUAUCUAGUUAUAAUGAUGUUACACGGAGAACAGUAUCUUGUUUUUACGUAAACGAAAAGAAUUAUUUAGAUGCGAUUUAAAAAAAAAUACUGCUCAAAUUUCCAUGCUGCAUGGUACACACACACCCACGUUACUACGAAAGUUUUCGGAGCCUUCCCGUUAGUGCUAUACUUCGAAUCAAUGACAUUCUACACCAUUUGUUAUAAGAAAUGAAGAACGUUUUGCAACGACUCUGAAGAUUCAUCACGUUAUUCUUUGAAGAAGAAAACAAAAACACGAUCAUUAAACGAUCGUGCAACGCAAAAGGAAUUUUAUCGAGCUGCGAGUAUUUAUUCGAACAACCAAGAAUCCUAGGCUGCGAUACAUUUAUAGAUGCAUCAGGGUUGAGCAUUAUGCGAAAUGGCUUACGAAGCCAUUUUCACAAACCAGUGUGCGUAAGUUAUCCGUUAAAUUCCCCACCAGUAAUCGCGGCAGUAUAGUGAUUUGGUAAACAAACGGCCCGGCAUAAAGGAGUGUUACUAAGGGCAAAUUGCCGGAGAGAUAGAUUCAAAUCAAACCAAAACUGCACAACACAUACACGGAUCAAUAACAAGGAAGUAAAAGUGAUCCUCUGAUAGGUUUUGUCGACUUUUUCACUUCGUUCUCAUCAUGCCUGGAUUCGGAUAUAAUUCCGUUCCGGUUCUAUUCAUGUGUGUCUAUACAUAAGCUCUCCAGCAUCCGCGCUCGGAAUUACACCAAUACGUGAAAUCUUUAUGGCACCCCUUUCAUCGUCUUCAUUUACUGGUGGCAUCGUUCCACAUUCGCCUUCAAAACCCGCAGCCAUGAUUAACUAUUAGAAAUUUUAGGCGGGCAAAAUACUAAACCAAGUCCACAGGCAAAAGGCAAACACGAUUCAGAAAAUGUAACGAGACAAAGUAUUCUAGCACUUCCAAUGUCUGUCGUAGCGGGAAACACCCAAAAGCCGAAGUCGAAGGCAAAGGUAGUGUAUGUUUGAUAGAAAUGCAACAAAACUCUUCCCCCGAGAGUAAAAGCUACGUGCGGAGAUUAAGAACGAUGAUUUUAGGUUUACAUAUACGAGAAGAAUCCCCGCUACGAAAUCACACAGUGAUUCCCGAUUAAAACAAAGUAUUGGCGAUAUUACACCAUGAUAAAGUGAGUAAUGUAUAACAAAACACACACACACACACACACGCAGGACAAAAUUUAUUCAUUUAAGUAAUCAAAACGGGGCGGGCGGAUUCGAAUGAUGCAGAAACGAAGUAGCACUUAAGAACAUAGUAUGGGACAAGAUACAUUUAAAUUUUCGACAAGUACACACGCGUACCGAGUGAAAACCGUAGCAAGUUAAUUAAUGGCAACGGAUGGAUUAAUUAUUGUUGUGGAGCAAAGAAUCGAUUAGAUAACAAACAAAGAUAUCGAAACUUACGACAAUGCAGGAAACAAAAACAAAUAUUUUAUUGAUUAGUGAUGCAAAAUACAAACGCGGGAAUGAAUUAAUCAACGUUAUAUUAAUAAGAUAAUUAUUACUAUAUUUACCUAGUUGUACUAUUUGGAUUAUCAGUAGUACUGAAGGUAAGGGUAGCUUUAUUGGCAGUGAGCAGUAGCAAAACAUCUGCACCCCCAUCACCAUCUCUUAAAGAUUUUUCUAACUCUUUUAAGAGAGUGUUGUGUGCGUGUUGUCGGACCGAUGUCGGGAAAGGUUCGGAGGAAAAGGAUAACUUAAGAAGCGUUCCAAUUUACAACAUAAAAUCCUACGCGAAUGAGACGCCGAGAGACGCGGAUUCACUGUCAAAACCAACUUUCAAUCACACAAACAGAAACACGCAUCUACUACAAACUGGUGAUAAUUUUGAAACCCCCAAAAAAGCGUAUAAUAGUAAUAUCCAUUAUGAGAGUUUUAAAAAAAUGGGUGGGAAACAGUUAGCAUAUACAGUUGCGCCGCAGUGUUGGGUUGUAGAAUUUAAUUCAUGCAUAGUUAUAACACACGCGGAAGCGGAUAGUCUGAACUGUAGUUGUCUACGUUUUAUAGUUGAAAUAGUUUUACGUCCAGAUACCGUGCCGGCUAGUAAUAAUAACACGAAAAUCGUCGAAGUCAGGCAACACAUGGGAUGAUGGGAAUUGAAAAACAAAUGUAUAGAUUAACUGCGAGCGAAAUUGUCCUUGCAAAUAAAUGAAGACAGGGAAAUCAAGCAGAGAAGCAUGUACAAAAAAAAACAAUAUCAAGAGAGGCCGCUACAUUAAGCCGAUAUCUUGGCAUCGUGCGAUUUUAGUACUGUUGGUUGCAUAUAGUAUAAAAUGUGAUUCAAAUCAAUCGGUUCAAAGAAAUGUAGCAAAAAAAAAACGUUAGAGCGAAGGCCAAACGGGGAGGUGAAAAAGGAACCUUAUCGUUAUCAACGCUUUUUUGUGCUCACCAUUAUGUUAUCUCGUUUUGUAUCUUUUAACGAAGGAGACGCACCUUUUUACUUAUCAUAUGUGUUUUCCUUAUUACUUGCUUCGUAAAAGCAGAACUGAAUACUGUUGAAAUAUUGUUACCUUUUCGUUGUUUCUUUAGCUUUGCUUUUAGAUUAUUACUUUUUUGUUUUGUGUACCACUUCGAUAUUCGGAAGCUCCCCAACAUGAGCGAUGCCACCUAUUAUUCCGGUAGAGUUGAUAUUAAGGUAGACGAGAGGGACAAGUUAAAAUCACGCACCAUGUGCUAAUAGUUAAUAAUUUCCUCCACCAUUAUGCGUAGCUCAUGUAGCUCUCACACCGAAUGAACGUUGGAUUUCAAUUGAUUUUGGCUCUAUCAUGAUUUACAAUUAAUGGUAAAUGCGGGAGAUCAUUUAGUUCGAAUAAUACAAAGAAACCAACAUAUCCUUCCAACUACAAACUACUGUGCAGCUUACUCACGCGAUGCUCUAUGCCAGUGAUGCAGAAGAACGCAGUCAGAAGUCUCCACACGCUUAGCAAAAAACGGGAAAAAACAACAAAAGAAAAUCAUUACCGUAAUCCAUCCUCAGGUUUGAAUGUAGUACGACCGGAAACACAUGCCGUACAUCUGCGCACUAUACUAUUAAAAAUUAAGACAGGAAACGCUAGUGCCACAAAACAGAACUGAACAAUGCAAAUGUAAAAUCAAAGGAUGUGAUAAUAGUAGUAAUCAGUUGGUAGAGACUUAUGUUUUUUGUUGUUGUUAUAUUUUCUUUUUUCUUUUAUGUUAAUUUCUAAAUGAUCAUCAUUUUCUUGAAUAACUCACCUUCUAAAUGGUGUGUUUGUUUCUUUCUGGACUUUAGUUACCAAAAUUUAUGCAACAUUCUUUGCGUGUACGUACAUUUUUCUUAACUGUAGAUCUCUAUUCUCUCAAAGCGGAAAGCCUAUAAAGUUUAAUGAAGAAAAAUGGCACGUUUACGAUGUGUUUGUACCCCCCAGCGAUACGUAAGAUUGAAUAAAGCAGUCAAUUCCCGCUUAAUAGUUAGCAAUGUUUGCUGCCAAAGAACAUCGACAAUACAUGCGAGAGCAACAUUUCGUUUCCCGUUUUUUAAGUUAACUUUUUUUUUCUUGCAAUCAUAACUCUACCAUUUGGAUUGUGUAUUAUUUAGCUGUGCCUCAUACAAGAGUAACAACAUUACAAUUGAGUUUUGUAGACUGAACAGCUGGAGUCGAAAUUUUGUAUCCCAUAGAUAAAGAAUAAGUAUUUUUCUGGAAUUGGUACUUAAGAUAUAUAAUCAAACCAUUAACGUUAUGAGUAAACAUAUUUUGCUCUAAAAUUAACCAAACACCACUACUAUUUACCAAGUAAAUGAUCAAUACUAUAAACAUAAUUUUGAUUUCAGAACUUCCAAAAAGCUCUUCUUUAGCAAAAAUGUUUUUAAUUAAUUUGAAAUCUUUGCUUUCACAUGCAAUGAGCAUAAAAUAUUGCAUACAGGAAUGGUCGCCACCACCAACAAUAUUGUUUAACGAGGGCAAUAUAAAAAGGCUAAACGUGAAGUGUGAAACGUUUUUGAGCAAACUUGUGUGCAUUUUGAUGGGUGUGAACGAUGAAUAGAUAGGUCAAGUCAUAGGUGUAGGACACUUGUGCGGCAGAUGUAAGGCAUGGGGAGAUAUUUUGGUCGUACUUAACAAGCACAAUAUGGCUUAAAAUGUAAAAAAAGCAAAAAAUAACAACUAAAAGUAAGAUGAAGGAAAGAGCUAAACACCAUGCGGGACGACGCAAAUACAAGCGCAAAUACUACUGGACAAGACAGUUCGAAGAUCUCAUAUAGGAUGCGUGUGGAGGUAGAGGCAUCACAAAGUAAACGCUAUUUAAUAAAAAAAACACAACCUUAACUUAAUCUAACAACUAGCUUAAUGCGAAAGUGGUUUCUUAGGCAACUGCACAGACAAAACUCCCAAUAAAAGGCAAAUUGUUUUCACAAGUUCCCGAGUGGAAUUACAAUCGAACGAUAGCAUAGAUCUUUAAUGAAUUAUUUGCCAACCACACAUACACACACACCAUGAUCGAGUCAGUAGUAGUCCCUUAGUUGAAAACAUAAAAAGACGAAACUAUUGUAAACUUAGUCAAAAGAAUCAGAAACGACAAAACAAAAAACACCACAUUGCCAAUGGAAAUUCGGAUGAUAAUCAAACGAUGUGUGUUGCAGUUUAAUUAUUAACAGUAAAUGCACAAUAAAAGCAAUUAACAAAGACCAAGCGCUUUUGCUCAUGACGAUGCCCCCGCGUGGCAAAGCAAGAUACACCCUGAAAUCGUUGUCUCUUUAAACCAGCACAACCUUUUUGGAUUUUCCAAUUUCCAUUUUAAAUAUCUGAGAAGUAGAUCACAUCGAAUGAUAAUAUGUUCAAAACAUCCUCGCGCUAUCCUUAAUACUGAGAUUGAAGGAUGUUUCUCUAAUUACUUUAAAACAUAACUUAUUAGGAGCAAUGCAAAGUAAUCAGGCGCAAAGGGAAGGAUAGAAAGUUAAUCUUUUGGUAGCAAAAAUUGUGACCGGAACUUAAGCAAAAUAUAACAAAAAAAAAAUGUUUACUUUAACUCUUUUAAGUAGUAGCAAAAGGUCAGAAUUGGGGUGAUUUUUUGUCAUCUUUCUUUUGUGCUCGAUACUUUAUUCGGUUUUCCUAGUUUUCUAUACAAAGAUACUAGAAGUUGGCUUAAAAAUUACAUUCAAAUGGUUGUAGCUGACGACAGCCUGUCCCCAAAUAGCGUCAACUGAGCAAAAGUUUAGUUUGAUUUUGAUUUCCUUUCACCCUUCAAACACGUUUUUCCACUCUCUCGUAAUAUACGCGUGUAUUGCAAUGACCACAACACACACCGUGCAGCGCCGACAUAAAAAAAAUAAGUUUGCGCUGAACAAAAUAUCUCUAAUGCAGCAGGGUGUCGUUUCGCAAAACUUCAUACAUAUACGUACAAGACUAAAUUGAACAAUAAAUGAUAAAAGAAAACGAAAUACGAUAAUACCAUUUCCUUCCAAAGCGUUAGAAGUGGAGAAAAAAGUUUGCAAAAGAACUAAUAUGUGGAUUCGUUAGGAGAGAAGGCAAAAAUAGUAUAUAAUACACACAAAACGCAAACAUUUAUCACUAUCACCAGGUGUGUAACCAUGUGUAACUGGCACUAGAACCGAACGUGCGUUCGGAAUCGAUUAGGAAGGAUAAAUGGAUAAAUGAGAUAAAAUGUGUAGGGCGUUUGCUGCACAUUCUUUCGAAUGAUUUCUAUUGAAAUAGGAUAACGAAAAAAAAAAGCCACACACAUUCUCCAAAUUCGCCUCCUGGUAUCUAUAUCUAUUCCGGUUGACUAAA